AUGGAUGUCUUCAGGUCCGGUACCAUCCCUCUCGAAUGCUCCGUGCAGUCACGUGGCAUCGAUAUUGGUAACCCCGAAUCUCCAAUCUCCGCAUCAUUGCGACUUUUCUUCGUAGACGACGAUGCUACUCCGAACCAAGCUGCGGCCCAGGAUGGAACAUUUUACAAGAAAUACCCAACCGCCGAAGACCGGUCCAAUGCACCUCUCUUCCCAAAUUUGAAUUUCACUCUACCCGCUAUUCAGGCUUCCAGCUCAUCGAAGGUGGCACCUCUGCAACAUUGGGCUAUAAUUGGCCCUUCUGACCGAACCGACUUCCUCCACAUCCUCCGCGGCGAACACAUCAGUAUUCCGCCCAACGCACGCUCAUAUCCAUACCUCCUCACAGACGAAAUUGCCGACAAGGACCCACGGUUGCGCGUAGUGCAAAAUGCAGUUCAAUAUGUUGGAUUCAGUGGCGAAGGCUCGGGGGCCAUUGGGGGAGUUCGUGGCGCAUAUCUCAGUGCUCGCUAUGAGAGUUAUCGGGAGGAAACCGACUGGAGCGUGCUACAAUACUUGCGUGGCCAGACCUCCUUGAACCCGAUGGAGGGUGAGGAGGAAGGCACGUUACACGAUGAAGAAUUCCUCCAGCGGACCAUUAGCAGUCUUGAACUAGGGAACCUGCUCACCUUGCCGGUCUCGAGUCUGAGCAAUGGUCAAACCCGCCGAGCGCGAAUUGCAAAGGCGAUUCUAGGCAAGCCAGAGCUGCUACUUCUUGAUGAGCCGUUCAUGGGGUUGGACCCGGUGGCAGUAAGAAAGAUAUCUAAACUCCUUCACGAGCUAGCGAAGAAAAAUGCCCCUCGACUUGUUCUAGCUCUGCGCCCCCAGGACAAGGUGCCGGACUGGAUCACACAUAUUAUGGUUUUGGGCAAUUCCCGUAAGGUUCUUCUCCAAGGGCCAAGGGUGGCUAUCGAGGACACGCUCAAUGUUUGGAGCUACAUUGCAAAUAAGUCGAAGCCGGACUCUCUACCCGAACAGCAAACACAAAUAUUGAAUAAAUGUAAAGCAGACUUGAAGGCUGGCAUCUUGGACACAGAGCUCCUUGGUGAUUUGGUGGCACAUACACAUGCUAUAAAGUCCUCCGAAGUCCAGGCGCCAUUGGGCGGAGAGCCAGUCAUUGAUAUGGAAGGAGUUCAUGUCCAGUAUGGGGAUAAGGUAGUACUCGGUAAUUGGCAGCAGAAGGUGAAUGACGAAAUAAAGGAUGGGCUACACUGGCGAGUCCGUCGGGGGCAACGCUGGGCGAUUCUCGGCCCCAAUGGAUCAGGCAAGACAACUUUGCUAUCCAUGAUUACAUCGGACCAUCCGCAGACAUAUGCGCAGCCUAUCAAACUUUUCGGACGAUCCAGACUUCCAGAGGCUGGCAAACCCGGAAUUUCAAUCUUUGAAUUGCAAUCCCGCAUUGGACACUCAUCACCGGAGAUCCAUGCAUUCUUCCCACGUCAAUUAUCCAUCCGUGAAGCGCUUGAGACUGCCUUCGCUGAGACUUUCCUGUCAAAGCCGAAGCUGAACAUUGAACGAGAUCAAGACAUAUCUGCAGUCCUGCAUUUCUUCAAGCCCCAACUGGAUCCAAAUUACAUCACGAGCAAGGUGCCAAAAAUCUCAACUGCUCGGCUCCCGCCCAUGACGAAGCGCACUCACGUUAGGCUAGAGCCAUAUGCACUCAUGGAUCACGUUGUUGGGUACGCGGAUGAAAUUCUCUUUGGUGAGCUCACGACCGCACAACAACGGAUUGUGCUCUUCCUCCGGGCAAUUGUCGCCAGGCCGGACAUUGUCAUCCUCGAUGAAGCGUUCUCGGGUCUAUCUGCGGCACAGCGUAACAGGUGCUUGCAAUUCUUAGAAAUCGGCGAAAGGCCCAAACGCCGUGCCCCCAACGUCAAUCCCCGUUCUCUAGAGGAGGCCCAAUUCCGCUGGACUGGUCUUACUGAGGAUCAAGCCUUGAUCAUGACUAGCCAUGUGGCAGAGGAGAUUCCUGACAGCGUUCGUUACUACAUGCGAUUGCCGUCUCCUGCAGGCACUGUCGACGGACUCGAUUUCCGCUUCGGCAUUCUACAAUCUAAAACUACCCUGCGGCAACCUCAGACCUGGGAGGCAGCCUGGUCUCCUCCAGAGGCGUUCACCAAGCAUGCCCGCAGGACGUGGCGCCGCAAGCAACACACUUUGCCGGUACAGGAUAUGACUGAAUUCGAAUGGUGGUCGAUAUAG